CAUGGGGAAAAGCGGACUUUAAAGGGGAUCGAAACCGCUUGGCGGUCAGUAGCGCCGUGUCCCCUCUGGCCUAAAGGGGGAACGGAAAUGUGAGCAUUUUGUGAGGGCGGGGAGCCGGGGUGCGGAGGAAAUACUGCCCGGGAGUUACCGGAGGGAACGCAGGACCGAUCCGCGGUUGCCCCUUGUUUCGCUCCGUCCUUUUUCGGCUUUCCCUUUCGCUUUACUCCGGUAUCUCUGCUAGACGUCCUGCCUUAAACUACCGCGAAAGGGAGGGAAGAGCGGAAGCAUGUCCAACCCGGAGAAGCGGUUCUUAUCCCGCCCCUCGGCCCCCCUGGCUGCAGCACCCGGGGAAAAGCCCGGCUCCGGCAGCCGCCCGCUCCACUCCCAUGGCCAGAGCGGUGGAGGUGGAGGCAGCGGCGGGUCUCCUCCUCCUCCCCCCGCUCCUGGAGGCGACUCGGCUGCCUGCAGCUCCCUCUCCCUCCUCCUAACAACCACCACCAGCAGCAGGAGCCGCGCUACAGGCACAGCCUCCUCCGCCGUCUCCGCCAGCAUCGUCUCUAGAGCGGCAGCGGCUCCUUUCCUCGUUCCAAUCCCCUCCUUCUCCUCCGCUUCUCCAUCUUCUUUUUAUUUCUUGCCGCCGCCUCCUCGUUUCCCCUCCUCAUUUUCCUUUAACCUCACAAGUCUCCAAGGGAGGGAAGGAGGAGGAGAAGCAGCGAAAGCGGCAGGAGGAGGAGGUGGAGGAGGAGGAAGAGAUGUUGGCGGAGCAGCAGCUGCAGCAGCUCACUUGAUCGCCCAUCCAGGCGGCAGCGGCAGGAGGAGACUCUUCUGUUCUUCCUCCAUCCAGGGCUUGCUGCUCCGUUCCGCAGCCGGCAGCCCCCGGCAGCAGCACUCCCGGCUCCUCCUCUCCCCAGCCGCCUCUCGCCCGUGGUCCUGCAUUUCCCUCGGUGCUGCAGCAGCAGCAGCCCGCGGCGACGGGAUCCGAGGAGGCGACGGCCCCGGCGGGAGCAGGACUCCUAGGCGGCAGCAGCGGCAGAGAGGCGCCUUCUUCUCCUUCUCGUCUCCCCUGCUCCCAGGGCCAGACAUGGAAGAUGGAUCUAAUUCUGCAAGCUGCUUUAGGAGGUUUACGGACUGUUUCUUGAAUACAAGCUUAACAGAUGAAAAAGUGAAGGCGUAUCUUUCUCUUCACCCCCAGGUACUGGAUGAGUUUGUGUCAGAAAGUGUAAGUGCAGAAACUGUGGAAAAAUGGCUAAAAAGGAAAAAUAACAGACAAGAAGAUGAAACGGCGCCUAAAGAAGUCAGCAGGUACCAGGAUACGAAUAUGCAAGGCGUGGUGUACGAAUUAAACAGCUACAUAGAGCAGCGCCUGGAUACAGGAGGAGAUAACCAACUGCUUCUCUAUGAACUGAGCAGCAUCAUUAAAAUAGCCACAAAAGCUGAUGGAUUUGCACUGUAUUUCCUGGGAGAAUGUAAUAAUAGUCUGUGUGUAUUUACACCACCAGGAGCUAAAGAAGGACACCCACGUCUCAUUCCUGCAGGGCCCAUUGCACAUGGCACUACAGUAUCUGCUUAUGUAGCCAGAUCCAGAAAAACAUUAUUAGUAGAAGAUAUUCUGGGGGAUGAGCGAUUUCCCAAAGGUACUGGACUGGAGUCGGGGACCCGUAUCCAAUCUGUUCUGUGUUUGCCAAUUGUCACAGCAAUUGGUGAUCUGAUUGGUAUCCUGGAGCUUUACCGUCACUGGGGCAAAGAAGCCUUCCACCACAGUCACCAAGAGGUUGCAACAGCAAAUCUUGCAUGGGCUUCAGUAGCAAUACAUCAAGUACAAGUGUGCCGGGGCCUUGCCAAGCAGACUGAACUGAAUGACUUCUUGCUUGAUGUAUCAAAAACAUAUUUUGAUAAUAUAGUUGCAAUAGAUUCUCUACUUGAACAUAUAAUGAUAUAUGCAAAAAACCUGGUGAAUGCAGAUAGAUGUGCACUCUUCCAGGUUGAUCACAAAAAUAAGGAGCUGUAUUCAGACCUUUUUGAUAUUGGAGAAGAAAAUGAUGGGAAACCUGUCUUCAAGAAGACCAAAGAAAUUAGAUUUUCUAUAGAAAAAGGAAUAGCUGGUCAAGUGGCAAGAACAGGAGAAGUCCUGAACAUCCCUGAUGCCUAUGCAGACCCACGCUUUAACAGAGAAGUAGACCUCUACACAGGCUACACAACCAGAAAUAUCCUGUGCAUGCCUAUCGUGAGCCGAGGAAGUGUAAUAGGUGUUGUGCAGAUGGUGAACAAAAUAAGUGGAAGUGCCUUCUCUAAAACCGAUGAGAACAACUUUAAAAUGUUUGCAGUCUUUUGUGCUUUAGCCUUACACUGUGCUAAUAUGUACCACAGAAUUCGUCAUUCAGAGUGUAUUUACCGUGUAACGAUGGAGAAGCUGUCCUACCAUAGUGUUUGUACAGCAGAAGAGUGGCAAAACCUCAUGCACUGUACACUGCCUCCACAUAUUUAUAAAGAAAUUGAGCUAUACCAUUUUGAUAUCAGUCCAUAUGAAGAUGUUUGGCCUGCCAUUUUUGUCUACAUGGUUCACCAGUCCUGUGGGACAGCCUGCUUUGAACUUGAAAAGCUGUGCCGAUUUACAAUGUCUGUAAAGAAGAACUAUCGCCGCGUGCCCUACCACAACUGGAAGCACGCAGUUACCGUCGCACAUUGCAUGUAUGCCAUCCUGCAGAACAACCAGGGGCUUUUCACUGAUCUAGAGCGAAAGGGUCUUUUAGUUGCAUGCCUGUGUCAUGACCUGGAUCACAGAGGUUACAGCAACAGCUAUCUUCAGAAAUUUGAUCACCCCUUAGCUGCUCUCUAUUCCACAUCAACGAUGGAACAGCACCACUUCUCGCAGACUGUGUCCAUCCUGCAGCUGGAAGGGCACAAUGUCUUCUCCAAUCUGAGCUCCAGUGAAUAUGAGCAAGUACUUGAGAUCAUCCGGAAAGCCAUCAUCGCCACAGACCUUGCCCUGUAUUUUGGAAACAGAAAACAACUUGAAGAGCUGCAUCAGACGGGAGCAUUAAACCUUAAGAACCAAACACACAGAGAUAGAGUGAUUGGCCUGAUGAUGACAGCUUGUGAUCUGUGUUCUGUAACAAAGUUGUGGCCAGUUACCAGACUGACGGCCAACGAUAUAUAUGCGGAGUUCUGGGCUGAGGGCGAUGAAAUGAAGAAAACAGGUAUUCAACCUAUUCCUAUGAUGGACAGAGAUAAGAAAGAUGAAGUCCCUCAGGGUCAGAUUGGUUUCUACAAUGCUGUAGCCAUCCCAUGUUACACCACCCUUGCACAGAUAUUUCCUCCAACUGGGCCACUACUCCGAGCAUGCAGGGACAAUCUCAACCAAUGGGAGAAAGUAACGAGAGGUGAGGAAGCCUCUAUAUGGAUUUCUUCUCAGUCCCUUGCUCCUGGGACCUCAGAUUCUCUUCCUGUGAAGAUUGAUGACUGAGCAGUAGCAACAGAUUGCUUUAACCUGAAAAGCACCCCUUCUUGUUUUGGGGAUUGUUUUUUGUUUUGUUUCCUUUUUAUUUGGGGGAAAAAAAAAAAAAGAAAAAAGGAAAGCUACAAAACGCUAAGUAGAUCUGCCUAGGAAGGUAACACCCAUGGAGUUACCUCUGCUGAAUGACUCUGGCAGCCAAUCUCCUGACCUUCAUCAGUGACACAACAUAAACAGAGGGAAAGCAACAACCCAGACGUUUUGGAGUCAGCUAUCAAAAGAGAACUUACAACUUGUGAAUAUAAAAGACUGGCCUUAUCUCAUGGGCUACAUUGCUGAGGCCUUAAUUUAAAACUGACGGGGUGGGGGGAAUCUUACGGGGUACUUCUAAAUUGUAUCUUUCUAGUAAGGGUUUCAAUGGUACUUUUAUUAUACUGUACUGUGGCUGGCUUUAACACCAGGGUCACUUGGGAGUUCUUGGCUAUAAAUAGAACAAUAUACCCAUUGCUAUCGUGAAUGUUUAUGUGUGAUCUACUUGUAAUCAGUUUGAACUCCAGCAGAAUCCUUGGAGACUAUAAUUUAUGCUUAGGUUACAGUGAAUUCUCUUGCUGCAAACUAAAGGAAAACCAACAUUCAGGUAAAAGUUUUAAAGUACUUCAUUAAGCAUCAUGAUGCCAAUUGUCUGUCACUCACAAGGGAAAUGUUGAUAGAACUAGUGAUGGUGCUUUGUUCUUUAGAAUGUUUUUUAAACCUAGACAAAUCCUCCCUUAAAACACUGGAAGUACUGGAUAAUUAUCCCUGAUAUGAGAGGGAGUUUCAGGUUGGAGUUUUUUGUAUCCAUAGUGACAGAAAUAUCAGACUAAAAUUUAAAUGUGACAGCAAAGAUUUCCUUGCCUAGCUCACAAUUAAGUCAUCAUUUUUAUUUCUACCUACUGAGCUGUAUUUUUAAAGGUAUUGGAGACAUACCUGAAGUAUGCUAUCUGCUGGGAACAAAAGCCUUGUCAGAAAAGUCAGGUCUGAUAAGAGGAAUUGUGGUACCAUCACAAUAAAUCAAAAAUGUGUUUGUAUUGACUAGCUUUUGUGUUGCACAGUAGCACUGCAUGUCUUCUACUGCUUUUUCCCCCAUCCCAAGAGGAGUGAAAUUAGGAAACUUCUCCAUUUGUCUGGUUUUUUUUCCCUAGUUAGCAAAACUUCCAGGUUUAGAAAUGCCUUUCUUAGUGAAAGAAUAGCUAACUGAAGAAAAGUACAUUAAAUGGUGUGUUUACAGUUCUGUGCUGACUUAGGCCUCAGCCUUCCCAACUUAUGCACAGACUUAGAUGUAAUGCCACUCUCUUAAAUUUAGUGCAAUUGUACAGAAUACAUUUCACAACAUUUAAUUUGCCUUUGUCUUUCUCUUAAAAAUAAUGAGAAAAAAAUUCUUCGUAGUGAUCCACACAGUAGGUGAAAGCACCGUCUUUGCAUACCUUUCACAUACGGCCUAUACCGCAUUAUGUGCGUUUUUCACAGGUAAUGCACUCUUGUGGAGGUUCCGUGAUAACACGGCCAUUGUGUAACUGCAACGAGCAAUGGUAGUGACCUAAAGACAGAACACAGGUUCUCUUUUUCCAUCCCCUGUCUCCUGGGCUCUAUUGCUCUAAUAGGCAUGCCAGCUUUUGGGUUUCAUGUGAACAACUUGGCCUCUUGAGUUUUGCCUUCUGUUAUGGUCGAGCACAUGCCAGUAUCUGUUUAUGUGUACAGUACGUGAUCCGUAGUCGCAUAAUGUAUAAAUGCACCUAAGCCUUUGCUGUACAUAGAGAUCCCACAGGCUGAGAAUUCAAUAUGAAGUUAUCGUAUUUGUAUGAUGCAUGUUACCUAGCAACAGCCCCAUAAUUAUUUUUUUUUUUUAGUUCGCCUUACCAAUUCUAAGUGCAGAAGUUCUUUGGUAAUCACAGCAAACUGGUUUGGAAUUGAAAAGGAGAAAAAACAAACAAAAAAGAAAAACAUGGCAAGAAACAGUUACACCAAAGUAGAAUGAAUAAUAUCUCAUGCUGUGUCCUCUACUUUCCUCCUUAGCCAUUCUGUUUCAGCUAAAUAAUUCAGAUGCAACCUUUCAUCCACUAAAUACUUGAGACAUAAUCCAUGGUUGGUUCCUAAUUUACAUGGAAAUUAUCUAAAUCUGUAGUGACUGCAAAAAUGCUCUUUGAUAUUCAGAUAUCCCAACAACUGGAUGCAAUGUUUUCCUUCAUGGGUUAAGUAUAUUUGCUUAAAAAUAUUUGCACUAAAUAUACUUGCUGUUAUUUUCCCCCUUCUUCCCCUUUCCACUUAAAAAUGCUGAUCUUAAAAGCAGUGUGAAAGUAUUCCUUAUUACACUGUAUCUGUGAGUAUGGAAAGCUUUUCAUUCAUUUUUUACUCACUGACAGCAAAGACAACUUUAGUAGUUGUUUCCUACCAUUAAAAAAUGUUUGGCAGUAUCACACACUAUGUUAUGUUUUGAAGUUUAUAAAUACUGAUAAGAGGCCAUGUUUCCCUGGAAAAUUUGUCAAAUUGGCAAUAAGUUGUUCUGUUAUCGUCUCAAGUGAAUCAGCUUCUGUUUCUAGUACUGAACUAACCAAAUUACUUAAAAUGUGUUUGCUAUAGUAUAAUGUCUAUUAGAAUUUUUAAGAAUUGGCUCCAGUGGCUGUGCUUUGGUUUGAUUUCCUGGUGGGUAAAAGGAGAAAGGUCCUGACAAAAUAUUACUCCUUGUUAGGACCUAGACCAACAAAAAAUAGUCAUGAUGAGCUGUUUUUUUAAAAAACAAAUGUAGUCUGUCUUAGCGUUUACAGAUUUGUAUGUGUAAAUAUUUUGUAGUUAAAACACUUGUACCUGCACUUCCAAAGUCAAACCCACCAAAAGUUAGACUUUGGAGCUGCAUUUCAAUGUCAUGGCUCAAAGAUGCGUUGAGAUUUAAUUGUUCAAACUUCUGGACUCUAACUCACAAUCAGUUAAGACAUCUAGAUUUGUAAGACAUCUGACUCAUUAAGCUAAAUUCUCAAAAGUAAUUCCUCCUUGCAUUUUUAUCCUACUAAAACUUAUCUUGCCCAAAAGAAUGUAAAAAAAGCUUAAUGGAUCUUUCCUUUCCUAGAAUUGUUAGAUUUUUAUGUUCCUGGAAUUGAAUUUUUCUUAAUAGUAAUUCCAGCUGCUUUUCCCUGUUACACGAAAGCACUGUUUGAAGUUGUAACUGAGCAUUUCCAAGGUACUAUGAAAAGGUGCCUGAAAGGCAUGCACUGACUGAGAAAAAUAGUUGACAUAGCAUGGUACUCAUCUGAGAUGUUGUAUAUUUAUUACAGCAUGACAAAUUCCAUUGUUACAAUUAAUCUAUGAAUUUUGCAUGGUUUUGCAAUAUUCUACUGUAAUGGUUCAACUCAUGGCAGUAAUUUUUUUCUAUAAGUGACCAUCAGAGAAAUGAAACAGGGUUUUUUUAGCUGGUGUGUCUGAUCAAGCAUAUUAAAUUGGCGCGCACAUGCAGAGUGGAAUUCAUCUUUUUAUGUUGCACAGAUUUCUCUCCUGUGUGUAAACUUAAAACAGUGUGAACAGUUUGCUGUGACUGCACUUAGACCAUUUAGUGUUAAAAUUGUAGGAGUAGCAAAAAGCACUAUUCAUGUUUAAAAAAUAGAGAUUAUUAGAUGCUCAAAUCAAUCAUGACCCUCUUGAAAUAAUGCAUUUGCCUCAAACACUGUGAUAUUGGACCAGUUCUGUGAAGUGGAACAAAUUAUUUAUUCAUUCUAAACACAGAAAAGGCUUUCUGCACACUACUACAAGGAAGUUCAUGUUCAAACUUUAGGUUAUAUACCCCAACCUAGCAAAGGCACAUCAUAACUUUUGUUUGCUUUCUGACCAAAAACUGUGCUCGAUUGUAAUACGGGUGUAUACUCUGUCAAAUAAACCUAAAAUAACGGACUGCUUUCUAGGGUAGAUCAAACUGAUUUGUAGAGUAGUUGCAUAAAUAUUCCAAAUUCAGGUUGGGCUGUUAUGUGGAGAAGAAAGAACUUCAAGGUAACAACAUUCAACUUUACUACAUUUAGUGAGCUGAAAAAUUUGUUUUAUAUAUAUAUAUAUUUACACACACAUAUAUAUAUAUAUAUGAUACAUAUAAACUAUCUUUGUAAAAAAAUAUGCAAGUGCAAUAAUUUAAAGAGGUCUUAACUUUGCAUUUAUAAAUUAUAAAUACUGUACAUGGUGUGUAAUUUUUUUCAUGUAUUCAUUUGCAGUCUUUGUAUUUAAAAAACAAACCUAAACCUUUACUAUUACGUUUGUACAAUAGAACAGUAAGCAUUUAUUAUUAUAUAGUUAAGUUGUAAAUAAAUUCACAAACCAAACAGCCAGUACAUAUGCAUAUAUGGGUGUCCUAUUGUGAAACCUGUUUUUGCUUUUACUGCUGGCUUUAGCACAGCAAGACAACUUCUGUGGAUAUGUAAUUAUACAUAUAAAUAUAUGUAUGAUACAUAAAAUAUAUUUAGAAAUGUUCAUAAUUUUAAUGGAUAUAUCUAUACAUAUACUUUGGUGUGAAUAUUACUGAAUACAGAGUUUUUUAAUAUUAUUUUUCAUGUUUAUUUUUGCUAUUAUUGGGAGUGCAAGUGAGGGAUGGGAAUGUGUGUGCAUAUAUGUGUGUUUAUGCCACAAGUAAACCACAGCACAAAGUGAUUCAAAACGUGAUGGAGCCUUUUGAAUAGGCAGUGCUUGUUGUUCUCUAUAUUUGCAGUUUCUUCCUUUUAAGAUAUGUUUUCCCAACAUAAGACUUUUUUUCAAUAUGGUUUUAUCACCUAUUGCAGGUUCAUGUUGUCCGCAAAGGGAUGUCCUUUUCUGUUUGCCUUCCUGCUGCCAGGAGCUUACCUUGCUUAAGACUGAUAACUUCCACACAGAUGGAAUGUGAAUGUGAAUAAUGUCAGUGCAGCUGAUACAGAAUCAUUUGUUACCUGGGGGAAUUGAGAGACUCAGAUGCUGAAUUGUAAAAAAAAAAAAAAAUCCUGCAUCCAAAUUCAUAAGGUCUAGUCCAAAGCAAUAUAGGGCUUUAACAGCAGCCAGUAUCCUGAAAAUCCAAGGUAGGUUCAGAGAACUAUAAAGCAAAAUUCUGAGCAACACAUCAAAAAUGAAAUUAAAAAAUAGCUGGGGAAAAAAAGAAGAAAAAUAAAUCAGUGUCUUUCUCCAAUUAAUAUAUACUCUUGUGACCAGUCGUUCUAGAAAGCUCUGUUUGCUGCAAGGGCCAGCUUUAGCGAUGAAAGAGAAACUGCACUGACAUUUAAUGCAUUUUUAGAGUUUGUUCAUUAAAUUUAAAACCUUCUAAAUUAUUUUGAGGGAAAUGCAAUAGAAGAGGAAUGUUUCUCUAAAUACAAUUAAUUUAGUACUUUCCACCUGUUUCUGUAGUGUUGGUGAGGAUCUAUAGGCUGACGUCAGUUAAUGACCUUCUGGACAAGAUUUUUAAAUUGGUAGCAGUCAAUUACAUGCCUUUUCAUAUUUUUCUGCUUGUUGUGCAGACUUAGCUCUUGUAGCACAGCCUGGUGCUUUGCUGCUGAUGGUCACUGUCCAUUCGGUGUGCUUCCCUUAGCAUUUUUAGCCCUUUGACAUUGAAAAACAUCAUCAGAAACAUACAAAAAUCAAGCCUGCAUAUAUUCCCUUACAGAUAAUGGAAAAUAUAAACGUAAAAGCAUCUUAACAUUAUCUCACUGAUGUUUGUAGAGGAAGUGAGUAUUGCUGUUGGUUUUGAGGAGCUUUGAAUUUGUCUUACUUGAAAGUAUCCAAGAGCUCUGGGACAGAAAUAUUAAUGGCUUUCACCUGCUCAACAAGUAUUGGUGAUAACUUUUUUGUACUUAUUUUGCUGAAGACAAUUGCUAAGGGUACAUUCCCCUUCCUCAAUCUGUAGUCAAUCUUCCUGAGGUUAGGGAGAAAAGUUUUUUUCCAGUGUGUUUCAGUAGCGCUCUGGAAGAUCUACCUGUACCACAGAAGCUGCUUACAAAGAUGAAGAUCUUUGGGUCAAGAAUGAGUUACAGAGAAACUCAUCACAAAGUAGCUCAUGUGUGCAUGAUGCCUGUCAUUUAAAAGUCUAAAAGAAAAGAGAGAUCUGAGACUCAAGAAAAGAAUGAAUUACAGCAGGUAAAGUUUUUCUUUUUUUUUUUUUUUGGUUUUUUUUUUUUGGUAACAUUUCUGGCAGGACAAAAUUACUUUCACCAUAUCAUUUGUUAACAUGCAGCUGGCAUUAGUAGUUUUUCUUUUUAACAACAUUGUAAGCUCUGUGAAUACAGGUGAGAAUAUGAUUGUAGUGUUCCUUCUGUUCCUUUAGCCGUAUUUCUGCUGCAUUUAGAAAGAACAUCUGGUGUUAAUAUGCACUAAUUAAUUAGCCCAUCAUAAAUGAAAAAAAAAUAGGUUUUGUAAAAAAAAAGAAAUUUAAGAAAAAAACAGACAAAAGCAAAUAACGUAAGAAGGAAUUUAAAAAAAGAAUCACCUAAAAGAGCCAGUAGCUGUCAGAAGACACUGAAAAUUUUACCAUCAAUGUAAAUAGCAGUAGUGAAUGUGGUGCAGUGAUAAAUAUGGAUAAUUUUGAUAAACAAGUUAAUCAUAAAGAAUAGAAGAAUUAACUUUAGUUAAUUUCCAUCUAGGGAAGUCCAGGUUGUUUUCUGCUACUGUCUUGUGGAAAGAAAAGCAUAUUCAUUGUCAGGUGUAUUUUACAUCUUGAGACAAAAAGAAAUCCCCCUUGCAGAAAAAAAUGUAGUUUCUCACAUGAGUAGCAUGGGAAAAAGGCCAGCAAGAUGUGCUUUUCUUCCAAACAUGAAAAUGUACUGAUGCUGGAAGAGAAGAAUAUUUGCAAUUCAUUUGGAAAGACAGUGGACAUCUGUUACCAUUAUACUUAUGGACUGGAAGGAACAAAAUUGUUCUCUGACAGAUUUUCAUUAUAACCUUGUGCAAGCUGCCAGACACUGGAUUUUUUUUUUUCCAAUUUAUUUAAGCCUCUGAACACUUUCUUUUUUUGUGUGUUAUGCAUAUUGGGAAAUACUCCUGCUAACGUGCAGUUUAGAAUUCAAAAUGUAUGUAGAGAAAGAUAUUUAUUUUCCUGUCAGGUGAGGACAAAUAUCACAGGGCUGUGAUGCCCUCAGGUAUGCUGCUGAUGAGUACCUCCUUUUCCAUUUUCUCUGGAUGUGAGGGGAAGAGUAAGAAAUCACACUGGAAAGAUUUCAAGCUUGCAUAUAUGGUUGAACCUUUAACAUUUGAGCUGCUGCAGUAACAUAUAAUCUUAAAAAAAAUCAAAGUCCUAUAACUAAACACUGUAGCAAAUUUUGUUUUAAAUUUUUACUGACUUCUAUUUGAAGGCAAUGGCAAAUUGAUUUGGGCACCACAUGCGUAGUUCCUGCUCUGCAAUCAUUUUGCAGGUCCUGUUCUAGGGCUGCUGGUAAAAAUAAUUCUUAGGAUCCUUUAAAUUAUCAAUCAGCUCCAGUCAUCAGAUAACUUCCUAUUUUCUUCCUCUUUACUUUCUGCUCUUUUUGUGCUAUGAAUUUUUGGGUGGAGCAAUUUCUUUUAUUUUUUUUCUUUCCGCUUUGAGGACUGCUUGAGUACAACAGACUGCCAUCUCUACAGCCCUUUUUUAUCCUCUCACUUUUUGUGAGCUAAUUUGUUUCAAGUGAUUGGAAGUUAAAAGUGUAAAGCUAUUCUGCAGGGCUGUGUUUCCAAGAUUUAUGAAAAGUACAGAGAACAGAGUGACUACUGAAGACUGAGCUAAUUGGCUGGAAUUUGCAAAGGAGAUCUUAGUUUCUUCCUGUCCUGAGAGAAAUAAUUUUCAUCCAGUAUUACAUACCUGAAAGGCUUGGAAUGAAGUGAGUGCUGUGCCAUAUGAGAGUAAGGUGAGGGCUGAUGGGAAAUGGAAGAUGGGCUAUGCAUACAGGGAAGCCACUGGGCAGCCUAAACUAAGGAGGCUGAUCUGAAAUCUCAGCUCCUUAGUCUUCCUGCUCAGUAAAUUUUCUGGUGAAUUGCAUGAGGUGCCCAUACAGAAUCACUGCUUCACAGAAGCACCAUGUAAUGCUUACCAAGAGCUUUCUGAAAUGCUUCAGAUGGUGUCUCCAUGUCAGUAUAGGUCAAAUGAAUGUAUUUGGGAAGCCUGGUACUUUCUUUUGAUGGUGAAGCUGUAUUAUGAACUUGUUUAGGAAGUGACAAGAAAGGACUAAGAGCGAGAUCAAGAUGCUUUUUCAUUUACAAGAUCUUUUACCAAUUCCCUGAAUUUAAGUGAUCCUGCGUAGCCUGUGUCAUAGAUGUAGCCAUGUAUCUUUAUUCCUUUGCUGCUAGCUUUUAGUCACAGUGAAACAAAGUUUGCAGGAUCUACCUGAGCUUCCAUUUUGUUUGAUAUCUAACCUCCAUCUGACAAAACACUUCUGACACAUAUUUCCCCUCCCCAGAAAUACUGAUGCUAUGGGAAAUGCUGUAGCAGACAGUCACAUGGUAAAUAGGAAUUACUUUUUUCACAUUCUUUCAACUGGAACAUGUAGCAAGAGAAGAUCUUUGUCAUAAUUUUCUGUCAAGUCAGUCAAUAUAAAACGAACCAUGGGAUAACUAGAGUGGAACAUUAUUCCUUUUGCAGAUGUGGGAAGGCUUUUGUUAGGGACUGAUCACUAACUCUUUCUCUGAGUUUUAGACACAACUGUAUUUUAAACAAGAGAAACCUGUUACUGAGAAUGCUAUAAUUAAAUGUUUAUGCUGGUGCAGUCAAGGCUGAUGUGGUUGACACAGCCUGGAAUUGUCUUUUCUAUGAACUUUACAAGGUAGGCUGAUGGCUGUAACCCAUUUUGUUUCCUUCCAUAAGAGACAUUACUACCAUUUUUGUCCUGGAUUGGGGGGAACACUGGAGACUUAAGCAGAGAGAAAGGAUGGGCUGGAACAGACGGAAUUGUUUUCCUUUCUGGAGCUUGUCUCUUCAAGUUUUCCUGGAGAUAAACUGAUUGGGAACAUUGGUUUCACUAGUGCUACUUUCAUCUUGAAAAAAAGUAAAAUAAACAGAGUAAGUUAUGUUCUGUAGUAAGUUUGGAUCUAAUUAGAAAUUGUGAUUCUACACAGUACACUACAGUGUUAAUCCAAAUUUUUCACAUGCUUUUUCCUGUGCAUGUCCAUAAAAGCAACUAUUUUUAAAAUGCCUAUAUUUUUUUCCUUCAGCACCAUACCCACAUUGCUAUCACUGUCUGUUUAAAACAGAAGUAACCUAGGAGAAAAAUGUAACAUGCUCUAAUUUCUACGUGACAAGAAAUGAUGAGAGAGAAUUGCUUCUGAAAAUUCUUCUAGAGUGGUAUUUUGAAAAAAAACCCAAAAAAAACCCAAAAACAAAAAACCAAAUAAAACCAACCCAAACAGCAUACAAACAAAAAAAAACCCACCCCAAAACAAAACAAAAACCAAAAAAACAAAACCAACCAAAAAAACCCCACCAAAAACAAACAAACAAACAAA